UUUGCCAGAGACGGCCGGAAAUGUACUAAGAAUUUCAAUAAAAAGUGGAAGGGAGAGAAAAAGGGAUGGAAAACAAAUCUAGCAUUUGAAUUUGCCCUCUCUUCUCCCCGGCUUGAACAUCAUCCAUCACCAAGGCUGUUGAUCUGUGAAAAGUGCUUUUAAUCUGCAUUUCUUUGCUUGAGAAAAAGAGAGGGGUUCAAAGAGAAAUCCCAGAAUAUUAUCCUGAGCUUUUCUUAAUGACUCUUUUUUCCUUCCUCUUUAGACUUAACUUCAUCUCGGGUUUCAUUCUGAGACAGAUCCUAGCUAAACCAUGUUUGAGCAACCCUGGAGGCCUUCCUGCUUGACUUAGAAGAAAUUUCCAUUAGAAGAAGUUCUUAGAAGAAGUUCAAGGAGUUGUUUUGCAAGGAGAGAGCCUCAGCCCAUGGUAUCACCUGUAGGAGACUCAUUGGCUUGACCUAUCAGCUCGUUCAGAUGACCCAUCGCAAGACCAAAAGCUGGAGAGAAAGUUUUCUGUGACGUUGGCUGCUACGGAGAGGAAGAGCCAAAUCAGCCUUGAGCCAAAAAAGCCGAAACAAAAAUGACCGAUAAGCUGAAAGAGGGACUUGACAAGGAAGAACCGAUGGAGAAAUUGGGACUAGGCCAAAAAACGCAUCCCAGUUCCAACCAUUUGGACCCACAGAUUAAGGCUGAGCCGGGGGAAGGGCUAUCCCAAGCUCCAGUACUGCAAUGGCAGGGAUCCCCAAAAAGGAAACGGGCCCUUUUAUCCAACCAAAGCAAACCACAGCUGUCGGAGCCCCCCAUGCUGCGGGAGGAGGACCUCAAAGUCUUUUGGGAUGACUUGAAGAGGGGAGAAGAGGCUUGUUGGGGGGGAAGCAGACAGCCGCCUGGCCCCAGAGAAGCCAAGAAGGCCAAUGGCAACCUCAGCGCCCAGGAGAAUUAUGGGAAAAUGAAGGCGGCCAUCUUGCGUGAGGAAGCCAGCUGCCAGGAGUUGCAGCGCCAACGUUUUCGGCACUUUUGCUACAAGGAAGCCGAGGGGCCCCGGGAGGCUUGCAUCCAGCUUCGAGACCUCUGCCGUCACUGGCUGAAGCCGGAGAGGCACACCAAGGAGCAGAUCUUGGAGCUGGUGAUCCUGGAGCAGUUCCUGGCCAUCCUGCCCCAAGAGAUGCGGCGCUGGGUCCAAGACGGCGGAGUGGAGACUUGUGCCCAAGCGGUGGGCUUCGCCGAGGAAUUCCUCCAAAGGGAAGACCUGAAUCACAAAGACGAGGUGCCGGGUCCAUUUGAAGACACAUCUUGCAGUGUCCCCAAGGCCGGAUGUGUCUCCUUUGAUUUGCGCCAGACACAACUUACCAAAGAUGAGAAAGAUCACAGCAUGGAAGGCAGAAAUUACUGUGGAGACAGUGAGGAAUCUUGUGAACGAGAGAGUUCUUCCACGGGAACUCAAAAGCAUGCAGAGGCUCGCCAGGCACUGCCUGGAAGAGGGAGAAGCAUUUCCUGGAGGAACGGAAAGCGUGAGAGCAGCCCGGUUCAAAAAGUUAAGAUCCCUGUUUUGCCAGAGGACAAACCCUCCAUUCGCAUGCAACCAAGGUCCACUUUGGAAAAUCUGGAGGGAUGCAGGAAGGAGGAGAAUAACCUUGGACGCAGUCCAGAUGUCUUAAUAGAUACCAAAUGUUGUAAGACCUUGGACUCUGCGGCCACCCCCAGCCAGAGGGUGCUCUUCCCUAACCUUCAACGUAUCCUCAAGGGCGAGCAAUCCUGCAGCUGUCUGAGCUGCGGGAAAACCUUCCAUCACAGUUUGAGCCCAGCCGAAUGUGGAGAUGAGCCUUCGCAAUGCUUGGAUUGCGGGAAAGACUUGGUUCUUACGAAGCGGGAAAGUCUGGAUCGAGGAGAGGAGCUUUACAGGUGUUUAACCUGUGGGGAAAACUUUACUCUCUAUUCCAGCCUGAUGAAGCACGAGAGGAUCCACUCUGGGGAGGGAUUGGGUCCUUCCGUGAGCAGCGGGCAAAGAGGAGAUCUUUCCAUCUUGGAAGAGCAGGUUUCAGGGGGAGAGAAGCCCUAUCAGUGUCCAACCUGUGGGAAGAGCUUCAAUAAGAGCUCAGCUUUUCAAUUCCACAAGCAAAUCCAUACUGGGGAGAGACCCUACACCUGCGCCAACUGUGGGAAAAGCUUCAGCCAAAGAUCCAAUCUGAUCUUGCACGAGAAAACUCACACGGGAGUCAAACCCUUCCGGUGCUCAGACUGUGGGAAGACCUUCCUUCGGAGCUCCGAUCUGGUGAGGCACGAGAUCACCCAUACCGGAGAGAAACCCUACACCUGCUCGGAGUGCGGCCGCUCCUUCAGCCACAACUCGACUCUGAUUGCUCACGAGAGGACCCACACCGGGGAGAAGCCCUACAAGUGUUCGGUCUGCGAGAGGAGCUUCCGGCACCACUCGGGCCUUAUCAAGCACGAGAGGACCCACACCGGAGAGCGGCCAUAUGCGUGUCUGGCCUGUGGGAAGAGCUUCAGCCAGAGUUCGGGGCUUACGCUUCACUUGAGAACUCACACAGGCGAGAAGCCCUACUGGUGCUCAGUUUGUGGAAAAAGCUACACGCAGAGGUCAAAACUGACCAAACAUGAGAAAACUCAUUUGGUUGAGGUGGCCACUUCCUGUUCCUUCUCCCUUAUACGUUCCCCCUCCUCGCCACUUCCUCUUCUCUCGUUCCCCCCCCAUCCCCGCCCCCCCCACCCCUCCGCCGGCGCCCUUCCCAUCGCUCCGGCGGAGGCUGGUCCGCCUGGCGGCAUUUGCGAUCGCCGCGGAUUUUCGGAGAAGCGGCUUCCAAGACGCACCUUGCAGCGAUCGGCUGGUGGACAGAUGGACGACAAUGAGGAAACCGUCGACGUGACGACUCCUGGAUUCCUGGAACCAUGUGUUUCCUUCCUAGAAACAGCCCCCGACAUUUCGGAUUUCCACAAAGUGGAAGGGAUCUGUGAGAUCCAACACGGCUCGGUGGGUCUGCCAAGCAUGAUCCCUGUGCUGGAAGAAGGCCAUUCCGUCGAAGGGACGUCUUACAUCUGCUCCGAUUGCGGGAAGAGUUUCUGUAGCAUCUCCAGCCUGAUCAGCCAUCAAAAGCGAAACCACUCAGGGGAGAAGCCUUACAAGUGCGCGGACUGCGGGAGGAGCUUCCACCAGAGCUCGGAUCUCGUGAAACACGAGAGGAUCCACACGGGAGAGAAGCCGUACAAGUGCACCGUGUGCGAGAAGCGCUUCAAUCAACGCUCCUACCUGAUCGUUCACGAACGCUUCCACACGGCGGAGAAGCCGUACAAGUGCUUCCUCUGCGGGAAAAGCUUCUGCUCCAACGCCCACCUCAUGACCCAUCAGAGGACCCACACGGGGGAACGGCCCUAUCAGUGUCCCGAGUGUGGGAAGCGUUUCACAACCAGCUCCAACUUUGUCAACCACAAAAAGACCCACACGGAAGAGAAACCUUACAACUGCUCCCUCUGCGAGAAGAGCUUCAAACGCAGCUCGAACCUGAUCCAGCACGAGAGGACCCACACGGGCGAGAAGCCGUACACCUGCCUCACCUGCGGGGAGAGUUUCGCUUCCAAUUCGGGUCUCGUGAAACACCAGCGGAGUCACACGGGGGAAAGACCUUACAAAUGCUCGUACUGUGGGAAGUGCUUCAGCCAGAGCAUGAUCCUCACCCAGCACGAGAGGACGCACACGGGCGAGAAACCCUGCAAAUGCCCGGCUUGCGGGAAAAGCUUUCGCUCCAGCUCGGAUCUCGUGAAGCACAAAAGGAUCCACACUGGGGAGAAACCCUAUAAAUGUUCCCUGUGUGGGAAAAGCUUCACCACCAGUUCGGAUGUGGUGAAGCACGAACGGACCCACACGGGCGAGAAACCUUACAAAUGCGGCACUUGUGGGAAAAGUUUCAGCCAGAGCGCACACCUCAUGCAGCACCAGAGAAUCCACACGGGGGAGAAACCUUACUCCUGUCUGAUUUGCGGCAGGUGUUUUACCUGCAGCGCGCACUUAGUGGUCCACAAACGGACCCACAAAGAUGGGGAGGGGUUAAAAGUAUAACUGUCGGUGUUGUCUCAGGCUGGCGGGUUCUGGGUUGUAUUUACCGGCAGGCCUGCUGUGUGUUUACCGGCAGGCCAAGAUGCUACUCGGCGACAAAACUAACCCCAAGUUUUGUUUGCUGCCACGAAGCCAGAUGUCUCUAAACCUAACUAGAAUCCAGAAUAGAGGAGGGUAGAAAAAGUAAUCUGUUUUUUUAUUAUGCAUGGGAGGCAAAAAAGAAAGAAAAUCGAGUUUAGGAGAGAAGCCAUAAUUUUUCCCACUCCAAUCCAGACCGGAUGGUGGGGAGGCGGAGUGUCUGGAGGUCGCUUUGGCAAAAUUGGCGGUAAACCCGAGAUGAAUUUAACUGGAUUACACUUGCCAAAACCCAGUAUAUUGUGAUUUUCAUGAAUUAUUAUGUGUGGUUCCUUUGUAAUAAAUAGAUGGCUGUUG